AUCAGCAUACAACAUAAUUAUAACUCGCGUACAAAAAAUAAUAUCUGUUAUUAUUACAAACCAAAAUCUAUACGAUAAAAAACCACUCAAAUUUAACCAAUUUACUUAAGUGAAGAUAAACAAAAUUAAUAGUCUUUUGUAAGCAUUAUUCUUUGUGACACACGUAUUACGAUUGUUCAGUGAACAAUAUUAAAAUGAAUUUAGUUUGUAACAUAAAAUCAGUUACCUACAUUCGUUGUUUCUUAGGUUACAGUGGCUUAUCGGUAAUUAAGGGACAUUCAUUAUUAAAAUACCUUCCGUUUUCCCUUGCUAUAUAUCUUUAUCUCGAGUAUAUUUUCAAAGAUGAUAGCAUUGCGAUAAUCCAUUACUGCCGUACUAUAGAACUUGUUAUUCUCUUCCUAAUAUCGUUUUAUACUGAGGAGAGGUAUCUCUUUAAGUACUUCGAAUUCGACCAAAAAAUCGAUUAUCAAAAAUAUGCUAAUACAUAUUCUAAAAUACCUAAAAUAUCUAUUGCGUACAUCAUCUUUUCUUUCGUUGCUCUGAUUGUAUUGUCUGUUUUUGAUUCGGAUCGUUUUUCGCCAAAUUUUAUCCGAUUCGUAUCAGACGUAGGCCGUUUGCCGAUUAUGAUGAUAGUUGUACUCCAUUGGAUGCGAUUUAAAAUAUUUUGCGAGAAUUUAAGACGGAAAUUGAGCAAUUCUGUGAAACUCGAUGUUAGACAGAUAUUGGACAAGUACGAUGCAAUUCACCAACGGUUCAAUGAAGUCGGAUUUCCUGUAAAACUAAUGGUACUAAUCUUCGCUAUUUUUGGAAUAAUAGCAAUGAUUAUACAUGAAUACCGGAUGACCAUGAUUGCAACUGGAGAAUUUUCAGGAAGCCCUUCUUUAAUAAUAUGGUCAUUCGUUCGAGUAUCACAUAAUGUAAUAGUAACGUUUACUGGUGCAGCCAUGUUUGAAGUUUGCUCAUACGAAUUGGAUCAAAUAAAACUGCGCAUCGUCAGCAAAAUUAUUACAAUUUCAGAUGAAAGACAAAAGUCAGAUCUGAGACAACUUUUGCAGUAUUUUACCAUAAACCCAAUGGAAUUCAGUGCAUUUAGCAUAAUACCAUUUAAUAUGCGGUUUCCCUUGCAAUUUCUAUCUCUUAGCCUCAAUUACUUCAUUUUCAUGUUACAAUUGACAUUCCCUGCUAAAUAAAUUUAUUUUGUUCAAAAAACGUUACCGGAAAAAUGAAGAAUAGAGGGGUAGCGGACGCAGCUAAAUACGAUAUACCGACCGACUAUAACAAAACGUAAUUACUAGUAGUAGAAGUAGUAAAAUAAUAAUUUUCUGCCACUACGUAAUCGGGAGCACCACGAUGCUCAGCAGUAAGCAAGCGAUUGGAGGAAGAGGAAAUAUUACCGCUCAAAUUCCUUCACGUAAACAGGAAAGGGUGGCAUAAAAGAUCUAAGGUGUUCAGAGCAGACAAAUGAGGAUGACUCCUGAUUUUGAUAUACCGGAGUCUUGCGCUUUGCUUCGACUCUGAAGCUAACCCUAAGGAUACAGCAGCAGGAUUCAACUUUGUUGUCUAUGUACCGAUAAAAUCAAACAUAUAAACCCUUUUCUAAAGGUGGAUUGAAGCAAAUGCGUAACUUAAAAAUCUGGGAAUAAAUACAACGGCAGAAAAACACAGAGAGAGCGCGGUGCAACGGUCGACAAAGUUCGGGAGGAAUUACUUUGUUUUUUAUAUUAAACGUUUACGUAUAUGGAAUUAGGAAUGUUCUGUUAAUUAUAAGUAAACUGUUAAUUCACUAGGUAGAAGGCUUUGUCAGCCUAGAUAAUGCAAUUUUAUAUGCUUGAUGCACUAUAGCUUUUACCUUUAAUUAUAAUUUUAAA